AUGAUACGAACAAUUUUCUUAACAAUUUUAAAUUUAUGCUUGCUCGUCAAUGCAUUGCCCUCAAUGCAAAAUGUCAAAUUUGAUGAUAAAACUUUUCGAUUGAUGAAUGAUGAAAGUGAUAAUUCUAGUGGAAACAGUGGGGAGUAUAAAAUUCCCGUGACGCAAAGGCAUGCUAAGAACGAACACAAGAAUGAUGUUCAAUCAAAAUGUGGAUAUGAGUCGUGUCCGAAAAUAAAACCCGAUAUGUUAAAUGUUCAUCUCGUUGCUCAUACACACGACGAUGUAGGAUGGUUGAAAACGGUCGACCAAUAUUAUUAUGGAAGCAAUGGUCUUAUCCAGAAAGCUGGCGUUCAAUACAUUCUCGAUUCAGUCGUCGAAGCUCUACUUCAAGAUCCUGAAAAACGAUUUAUUUAUGUUGAAUCAGCGUUUUUCACCAAAUGGUGGCGCGAACAGGAUGAUAAAUUGAAGGAAAAAGUUAAGAUGCUGGUUAGUGAAGGUCGUCUGGGAUUUAUCGGUGGAGCGUGGAGUAUGAAUGAUGAAGCUACAGCACACUACCAAAGUAUUAUCGAUCAAUUUACUUGGGGUUUGAGGUUUCUCAACGAUACAUUUGGUGAAUGUGGACGCCCAAAAGUUGGCUGGCAAAUCGAUCCCUUCGGCCAUUCUCGAGAACAAGCGUCGCUAUUUGCUCGAAUGGGUUUUGAUGGAUUGUUUAUUGGUCGCUUGGAUUAUCAGGAUAAACUCAAUAGACUGACGAGUAAAACAGCGGAGAUGAUUUGGAAAUCUAGUGCAAAUUUAGACGAUACAGAUCUUUUCACUGGUGUUCUUUACAACAACUACGGACCACCGAAUGGUUUUUGUUUCGACAUUCUUUGUGAUGAUGAGCCCAUAAUUGAUGACAAAUAUAGCCCAGAUUAUAAUGUCGAACGUCGGGUUACAGAAUUUGUGAAUCAUAUUAAAACACAAUCGGAAUUAUAUCGAACAAAUAACAUCAUUCUUACAAUGGGCGGUGAUUUUACUUAUAUGGAUGCUCAUGUUUAUUACAAAAACUUGGAUAAGUUGAUAAGAUACACAAACAGUCGACAAAAGGACGGACUGAACGUUAAUCUUUUCUAUUCUACGCCUUCAUGUUAUUUGAAAUCGCUUCACGAUUCAAACAUCACAUGGCCAACAAAAUCCGAUGACUUCUUUCCUUAUGCUUCAGAUCCUCAUGCUUAUUGGACCGGUUAUUUCACAUCACGUCCAACACUCAAGAGAUUCGAAAGAGUCGGUAAUCACUUCCUCCAGAUCUGCAAGCAAUUAUCAUCGACAGCAAAGGUGAAGGAAAAUCAUUUCGAGCCCCAUCUUAACAUGCUGCGAAGAGCGAUGGGUGUCAUGCAACAUCACGAUGCUGUAACUGGUACAGAAAAGCAGCAUGUUGCCUCAGAUUAUGCAAGGCUUUUGAAUCAAGCGAUUCUAGCUUGUGGAGCGAAUACAAAAUCCGCUUUAAAUCAAUUUACAACCGGAAAAGAUCCGCAACCUAAUACCGGACAUCAAAAUCAUUCAACACCAGAUCAUUGGGAUUUUAAAUUUCAAUCUUGUUUAAAUCUCAACAUAAGCGUUUGUGAUGUUACAGAAAAUUCAAAUCAAUUUAUCGUGACAGUUUAUAAUUCACUUGCUCAUGCAACUUAUCAAUAUGUUCGAGUUCCUGUUGGAGGAUUGAAAUACGAAGUUAAAGAUUAUCGUAAAAUUGUUGUUCCAUCUCAAUUAGUUCCAUUGCCAAACACUGUUAAAUCACUUGACGGUCGAUUUAGCAACACUAACAAUGAACUCGUAUUCCAAGCAAAUGAAGUUCCUGCGUUGGGAUACAAAUCUUACUACAUUUCACGCAUAAUGAACGACAUCGAUCCAGACGUGAGAAUUGUUACAAGACAAAAACGAAAACCUCAACCUGUGAUUAUUGGAAAUGACUUCCUUAACAUUACAUUUGAUGUUAACGGCCUUUUAUCAGAAAUUACAAUCGACGGUGAGACAAGCAAGCUCUCGCAAAACUUUUUAUACUAUAAAGGCGCAGUUGGGAACAAUGAGGUGUUUGACAAUAGAUCGUCUGGUGCUUAUAUCUUCAGGCCUGAUCCGAAGACUAAAGAAAAAUUAAUAACAAAAGAAGCGACAAUCGAUGUUAUUCGAGGUGACCAAGUCGAUGAAGUUCAUCAAGUGUUUAAUGAUUGGAUUAGUCAAGUUGUAAGAGUUUACAAGAAUGAAAAGUUUAUUGAGUUUGAGUGGCUUGUUGGACCGAUUCCAGUGAAUGAUAAUAUUGGCAAGGAAAUUGUGUCUCGAUUCUUCACGGUGAUGAAGAGUGGAGGUGCUUUUUAUACAGACUCAAAUGGACGAGAAAUGUUAAAGCGACAACGUAAUCAUCGUGACACUUGGAAGUUGUCAUUGAAAGAACAAAUUGCUGGAAAUUAUUAUCCAGUGACGACAAAAAUAGCGAUUGAAGAUAAAACUCACAGACUUGCGAUUCUCACAGAUCGUGCACAAGGCGGCUCCAGUAUUUUUGAUGGAACGGUUGAGUUGAUGGUUCACCGACGAUUGUUACACGAUGAUGCCUUCGGCGUCGGAGAGUCUUUAAACGAAACAGCUUAUGGCAAAGGUUUAGUCGCUAGAGGCAAACAUUUUAUAAUAUUCGGAUCAAAAGGAACGCAAUAUCCGACUUUGGAAGGUCGAGAACGUUUACUUCAGAAUCAAAUUCUUGUACCAAACUGGAUGUUCUUUGAUGAAGCUUCAAAUGUCAGCUACGAUGAUUGGAUGAACAAGUACACAAAUAUUCAUUCUUCAAUCGGUCUGGCAUUACCACAAAACAUUUAUUUGAUGACAUUUGAGCCAUGGAAAGACGAUUCAUUUCUUUUGAGAUUUGAGCACAUUCUUGAAGCGAACGAAGACCCUGAAUUGUCAAAUUCCACUCGCUUUAAUUUAUCAGAUUGCUUCCCUGGAUACGUCAUUGAACUUAAACAAGUCACAUUAUCAGCGAACCAAUGGAUUGAAGACUAUCAACGACUUCAUUUCAACAGCGAAUCCUCCAACUUCCCAAAUGAUGAAAUUCAGAAUAAUAUCAUGAAAGUGGAAGACUUGUCAGACUCCGAAAUCAUGUUAAAUCCCAUGGAAAUUAAAACAUUUAUCAUGACGAUGUAUCAGAAAGUUUGAGAAGAAUAAAAGAAGAAAGUUUUCACGUAAUUCAA